CUGCAUUGUGUCUUUGGGUAACAUGUUGGAUAACUCCUCAGCUGUUGUUAUCAAGGAAAAAACUCGGUGCUUUGGUGUCAAAUUUAUUUGAACGAAUAUUCAGCUAACCACCUCAAGUUUACCACUGAGCUAAUUAAUUUUACACGGUGUUUUGUAAUCAUUUGGUUUAUUGAUUCCUUUUUUUUUUUACAUAGAAAACGCUCGUGCACAAUAAACAGCCUAAUUAUCGAAUUGGCUCAGGUGUGCCCGGUUGCUAGGCACCCACAGAGCAGGGAGAGGGUUAGGGUCACCUUUAGCUCUUAGCUGCGCUAUUAGCAUGUAGUCGUGAUUUGGGACAACAUCUGGGACAUUUAAUUUGGGAACUGCGGGGCCUGUGUAAAAAGAUGGAUCGAUGCAAGCUGAGAAUUAGACCCCGUCGUGGCAAUGGGUUUCCCUACAAACGCGAUACCCCCGUGAAAGUGGCGCGUUGGAGACGUGAGAAGAAUAAUAGACUCCGACCCUGCAGACAUUACGAUCCGUUGCCAGAGGAGCCUGAGGUGGAUGAAACCGAUGAUCCCCACGCAAAGCCAGAGGGACCACUGUGUGAUGGAGAGCGUGCAAUCUAUCCUCUUCAAUCGGAGGUCGAUGGACCGGUUCCCUCUGCAUCUGUGUCACACCUGAGGGCCCCGGCUGAGAACCCCAAAAGCCAAGCCUCAUUGUUUGCUGUGGCAGCCAACACAGACGUGUCCUGGGCAGGUUCCCCAGCCGUUCAGGUGCAGCCCAUCCUACAGGCGCUUAAAGGCGGCCAUACUCCAGAAAGCGGCACGUCAUGCAGCACGGAGCAAGACUCAACUUUUUGCUCGGAAGAAGAAGAGGAGGAGGAUAGUGACUGUUUCUCUGUUACCUCGACAACGUUGAGCAGUGUUCCCUCGCCAGAGAUAUUUAGAACAGAAACAGUUCAAACACCAACUUUCCAAAAUAAGGAGUCAGGGAGUCUCCACCUUCACGAUAAAAACUCCACCUUGCUGGAUGUUAGCCAUGCCCAGAGCAUCCAGAUGUAUCAGCUACCUAACCUUUCUGCCAUCAUAGACGCCUCUACAAUUCCUACUGAAAAGAAAAAUGCUAUCAGCCACUUCAGAGAACCUGAAUCUGAGGGUAAAAUAAAAAACAACUCAUUUAACUCAGACAGAGACCCAAAGAGGGGAGAUCAAUUAAAACUUGAUAAGAGAAAGCCUGUUUUGUGUAGGAAGAAGGUUUGCUUUAAAAGCCCCACCAUUGCUGAGAUCUUCAUAGCAAAAAACACCCCAUCAUCCACCAUGGAGCUGUGCAGUUAUCCUGAGAAGAAGAAACCUGAUGUGGACACUUCUAAGAUGGAUGAGAUCAACAUUAAGGAAGAAACUUUACCUCUGAAGGUGAUGCUGAAAAGGCCUGUUGAAACUAGCCCAGUUAAAGCCAAGUUCUUUGACUUUGGCAGUGACGCUGAACAAGAUGCCUAUUUUCAGAAGAUGAGAGAACGGUCCGCCAAGCUUAACAGCGCUGUCCUGUGACAGCAAAUUUAACUUAACUUGCAGUUAGUGUGAGUGGAUAUAUUGCAAAGGGGUAAGAUAAAUAAGACUUAGAAAAAAAACAUGUUUGUUCAGUUAAUUGCCAGUGGUAGGAAUGCAAAGAUAACAAGCUCCUAUUAAAAAUGAAUUGUAGGAGAGUGACCUAAAAAAAUGGAAUUAACUCGACUUAGGAAAAUUUGUUUACAUAGUUUAACUUUUUUCGAGAAAUGAUUUCAAAUGUUCUGGCCAAUGUGUAACCACAACCUCGUUUGUUUCUUUGUCUGGUCUGUAUUUACAGUUUCACAGAAUCUGUUCCACGUGCUUCUUAUGUCUUAAACCACAAGAAUACUACACUUGUAAUUUAGAAUAGGUGUGCUCACCGCAAGUACUGCAAUUGCACACAAAUGGCCUGUGUCGGAUUUUGUGCAUAAGAACUACUUUAACAACUGUUUGUCAGAAAUGACCUCUAGAUGGCACAUCCGUAUUUGUUAUUGUAGUAUCCGUUAUUUAACUUGUAUUGCAAAGGGACUCUUUCCCUGUUUGUUUAACAUGAUGUGUUGGUUAUUGAAAAGAAAAAAUAGUUAUAUUUAAAAUGUUGACGUAUGUGUCAGGGUCAUGGGUUUAAUGUUGACCCAAGUUAAAUGUAAAUUUAAACUGAUCAAGUUUUCCAUAUUUUUCUAAUCAUCUGUCCAUUGUGUGAGUUUUGACUUUCUACAACUGUACACGGGCAUUGGAGAUUGUAAAAAAGAAAUAAAUAACGCCUGGGCGUAGACUGCUGGCC